UGCAACAGUGCAGCUCUCUACGCAGGAAUGUCGACCUUAACUCGCCCAAAAUCGCCCAGGACUCCCACUUCUGGGCGUUCAGACAAGGAGGAAAGCUUUUGGGAUAAAAUCGGAACACUGGGAAGAAAGAAGCGAAUCAAGGAAGUGCAAGAAAUCCAGGAAGAGGGAAAGAUCGCAAUAGAUUCACCCGGCAGUCCGAAUGCUCCGAUCAUCCCACCAGAGGAUUACAACCUCGAGGACAAUGAGUCUCGUUCAAUUAUACAGCCAGCAUCUCUACUGCACCCAAAGGUGAAGGAGCUAUUGCAAGUACUGGUCGAUUGGAUAAACGACGUGUUGGUGGAAGACCGCAUAAUCGUUAGCAACAUUGAGGAAGACUUGUACGACGGUCAGGUUCUGCAGAAACUGUGGGAGAAAUUGUCAAACAACAAGCUUAAUGUGCCGGAAGUUACGCAGUCGGCAGAAGGACAACGUCAAAAACUUUCCGUUGUUUUGAAUGCCGUGAAUCAUACUCUAGGCUAUCAUCACAACAGCCCCAAAUGGACGGUGGAAAGCAUUCACUCCAAGAACACGGUUUCGAUUUUGCAUUUGCUAGUAGCACUGGUGCGUCAUUAUCGUGCUCCGAUACGGCUACCCGAAAAUGCUUACGUGACGGUGGUGAUGGUCCAAAAGUUGAACGGAAAGCUCACCAGCCAACGUUUCCAGGAGCAGAUUACCCAAUCGUAUGAUGAUGUCGGUAUGCGGUGUGAGCGUGAUGCUUUCGAUACACUUUUCGAUCAUGCUCCGGACAAGCUAGCAGUGGUGAAGCGCUCGUUGAUAACGUUUGUCAACAAACACCUUAACAAAUUGAACUUCGAAGCGGCCGAUUUGAGCACGGAUUUCAAAGACGGAGUGUUUCUUUGUCUACUGAUGGGUUUACUGGGAGGGUUCUUCGUACCAUUACACGACUUUCACCUGACGCCAAAGGACGCCGAUCAGAUGAUUCACAAUGUGGCCUUCGCUUUCGAGUUGAUGAUGGACCAAGGUUUGAAGCCGAAAGCACGCCCGGAAGAUAUCGUAAAUAAGGACCUGAAGUCAACACUCCGAGUACUGUACACGCUUUUCACGAAGUACAGAAACAAUCCGUAAGGGCAGCUGUUUCUUGCAAAUGUUUCUGUUCUCCACCCAGACAGCUAACCAAUGUGCCUUUGUUUUAAAAAGUAUAGAGUAUUAACAUAGAACAACUAAACCCUUAUUUAAAACCUCCAUAUACGAUGCUGAAACGAGUUAGUUUAACCAUACCAUACUUACCUUUGUACAACACUGUUUCUAACGUUUGUGAAAUAAACCAUGGAUAAACUAAC